CAUCCAGACUGGCCCGACUGGAAUGCCCCCUGUAGCCACGGAGGACACCGCCCCAGCGCAGUCCAGUUACCAACGCAUUGUCACUGAGGACCUGACCACGGAUCAGACCCAGAGAGACUUGGGCUGGGGCCAUUGGGCUGUCCUCCUGUUCCCGGCUCAGAAUACUUACCGAUAUUUCACCAGGUCCAGAGGACGGUUCAUUCUCGUGGAGAUGGUGAGGUGUUAUACACAGGCAUUGAUGACCUGUCUUGUACUUACGCUACAGAGAUGGACACUGGCAACGUAUCCUUGGAUUUAGAGACACAGAAUGAUCUGUCUAGAGGGGACUGGAACCGGUACAGUAGUAGUGUAUACUCUGAAGGGUGCCUAGAUAAGAAAGGAGAAGUUAUAGUCGUAGACGAAGUGACUGUGAAAGUGGAGGGCGAUGCUCCUCCCACAUGGAAUGCAAAUAGUCACCUAGGAGACAGACACUCACAAGGCAGAGAUUUCUUAGAUUACAGGGAAAGCUUAGAGACAAAUCCAAAUGUCGUCCACCCGUUCCGGGAUCGCGACCCAGUGUCCACGUCAAUGGGGCCUUCCGAUUCACACGGCUGUGCCCUUUUGGAUCAGGCAUUGAACUCAAAAGACAGGGCUAGAGCCCAGGCUCUGGGAGGGGAAGCAACAUCUGGCAAAAAACAGGGGGUGAAACCCUUUAGCUGUACCCAGUGUUCUAUGCGCUUCGCCCAGGCUGGUAACCUGAAGAGGCACCAGAGGGUCCACACAGGGGAGAAACCAUUCAGCUGUACCCAGUGUCACAUGUGUUUCGCCCAGGCUGGUGACCUGAAGAGGCACCAGAGGGUCCACACAGGAGAGAGACCUUACAGCUGCCCCGAGUGUGAGAAGAGGUUCUCCCACCAGCACCAUCUGAAGAUGCACUUGAAGAUCCACACUGAAGCGAGGCUGUUCGCCUGUACGCCCUGUGGGAAGAGAUUUUCAGAUAGGAGCUACCUCAGGAUACACCAGCAGAAAAACCAUUCCACUCUAUAACAUAGAAAGUAACCAUUUGACUCGAUAGCUUCUGACGUUUAGAUCAAACCCUGUAUUAAAAGAUUAACUUUCAUUGUUGUCAGCAGAACAUUUGGAUUAACAAGAGUCACAGAUUUCAGUGUUGAAUAUUCCUGGGUAGAAUAAUGCAUCCUACAAUACUGUGUAGGCCAGUGGUCACCAACCUAUUCAAGAUCACUUUUAUUGAUCUAUCGCUCAGAAUUAAAAAAAAAAACAUUACUUAACAUUUUUGUAGGAA